AUGUUUUUGAUCUUUUUAUUGUUCUCUAACUUGACCUCCAGCCACCCAAACGAGACCACAGCUACCAGCAGAAACAUACCGAGAGUGUACAACUUCAAGGAGUUGCACACGAAGCCGUGGAACAGGAAGGAGAUCGAGGAACCCAGGAAUCUGAAGAAGGUUGUUAUGGCGAAGGCUGAUUCCCAGUUGUCUGAGUACUGGUUUGUCAGGAGAGCUGGAAAAAUUGACUAG